ACUCAACAUUUGGGGUUCCACUGACUCAGUGUCUAGUCAGUGGAUAGACCGUGGAGGUUACCGAGUGGGGUUUGGAGGAGCCAGUGGUGGGGUUUCUUGGCCUUGGCAUUGAGAAGCCUGUGGAGGUCAGACGGCUCUGGGGUCAUAAUCAACCAGGUGGUCCGUAAGGCGGCCUGUGGCUGGUGCGCAGGGCUGAGUGACGGAGAGCCCGCCGUGACCGGGAGUCAGGGGUUCUGUGGGUGUCUGAUCGUGGGUUGGCUGUGGAGAGACUUUGGGGUUCUUUGAUUCACACACUUCUGUGGAUUGGUUUUGUCACUGGUGGUUGGUGAUGGGGGGGGCCUUGCUAGAGGAGCCGAUGGGGACUCACAGUGUGUGUAAUUGACGGCCCAGACCCCCUGGGGGGGCAUUGGGCACAUGGGCUUUAUGGAGUCGAUGGUUGUGUGUCCUGGAGACUCGUGUGUCCAGUGAUCUGGGGGCUGCGGGUUCUCGGGGGGUCAGCCAGUGUGAUUGAGGCGGUCUUUGGAACCGCAUUUGAGGGGCUUUGGGUGUUGGUGAUUGCGGGGCCUUUAAGGGUGGUGUUUUGGGGUUUGGGUGAGUCCUUCGUUGGCCCAGGCAAGACAACGUGGUGACUUCCGUUCAGUAACCGUGUUGUCCUUUGCUCUUUGGCCCCUCUCACCCGGCGUGUGCAUGGCUGUGUUGGUCAGUGAUGGCUCCUUUUACUUGAACAUUGCCUUGUUGAAAAGUACUCAGAGACCCCACCAGCUAGGAGUCCCCCCCACCCGCUUGCUCCAGCCCUUUGUGUCAAUGCUCGUUGCCGGGCGUGGCUGGCCUGUAGCCUUCCGGGGCCGGCCCCGCCUCCUCAGAGCUCGGCUCAAAGUCAUCUGCAAGGAGUGCCCUCCACCCACCCACUCCUCUGGUGCAUCUGAAGUUUCUUCUGCGCGCUCUCACAGUCUGAAAUUAUUUUACUUACUUGUGUGUCUGUUUCCCAUCCUAAAGAGCAGGGACUGUCUGUCCUGUUUAGUGGUCUCUCCCACGUGCCCGGAACAGGGCCUGGUAGUAAGAGGCCUUCAGCAAAUUGCUGCUUUCUUGGCCCGUAAAUGAGACUGUGAGUGUGUGUCUAGGGCUGCAUUAGUGUGUGAGUGGGAUCUGAUGUGGAUGUGAGAGCACAGUGCAGGAGUAUGUUGGGGUCCUGGGGGAGGAACCAGGGUGACCGUUCGGGGUGUUAGUACAGUUGGCACGUCCCCUUUUCCAGAGGAGAAGCUACAGGUCUCCUGUGCAUCAACCCAAAAGGGGUCCAGACAAGAUAGAAGCUUCCAGGGCAGGUGGGCCUGUGUCUCAGGGGCCUCAGGUUUGGAAAGCAGUGACUCUGGGCUCUCUUUUCACUGGGCCUCCUAGACCAUCGGGACCUGCCCGUGCCCAGGAGCUCCCUGUGCAUCUCGGGAAGAGGCGCUUCUCCUUUGGGUGUCGCUCUCUGCUCUCCCAGGACGUUUUUCGUGAGAGACCUGUUCUCGUGCACCAUACUGUUCACUCUGGUCUCAGGAGAGUCCGGUUUCACUCAGGGAAUCUGACCUUUGUGUCUGCUGCCCCCCACGCGUGGGCAGAACGCAUGCCAUCCUUCUCCAUUCCCACUUGUAGAGGUCUUCCUGCCCUGGACGCCCUCGCUCUGCCCUCUGCCACUGUUUCACGUCAAAUUUCAGAAUCCAGCCUGUCUGUCCAGAUGGGCUGGUUCUUGACUCUCCGAAGGAUCUUCAGCACCUGGGGAGCACUGGGACCUGCCCUCCCUCCCUGGCCUGUGUCCUCCCUCGGUUCGUUAAAGGACGAAGAGGGAGAUGUUUAAGGCCCUCGAGAGACGGUGCCAGGAGCUGAUCCAUUGUCCGCCUGGCGUUGAGUAGCAUUCCUGGGUUUCCUUUCCUCUUUCCCUUGCUGACCGAGGGUGUGGGGCUCCCGAGCGGGUGGUCUGAUUCCAGCCCUCAGCCCAGCUCUAGGGGUGGGCAAGAAGGGCCUCAAAGGGGCCAGUGUUCUCUCCACUCUUGUUAGCUGCCCGGGAGCAAAACCUGGCAGUCUGCUAACACCAGGGCGUAACUUGCUUCCCUCAUUUGUGGAGGACGAGUCCACCCAUCUCUCUUUGUUCCACUGGGACCCUGAGGAUACCUCCCUCCUCUCCCCCCAUUCUUUGUUAGAACAAGGGGCUCCUGCUCUAGAUCUCCUGUAGCUAUUACGUUCUCUCCUUGCUCAGCUUACUUCGCGGAAAGGUGCCCACUGGCCAUCCACCAUGUCGGCCUUCCUCUCAGCCUGUCCGCCUGUGGGGACCAAGCCGGGAGAACAAAUUGCCACAGGUGUACCCUCAUGAAGGAAGUCACAUCCCUGUGUGACCCUGCUGUGAGCCCGUGGAGUCCUUGACCCUGAUCCGGUAUCCGGCUGGUGUAAGUGCCUGGUUCACUCCACAGCGGUGGAGACAUUGAAAGUGGCUGAUUUUGGAGUAGAGAGCCAGCACCCCAGGCCAUUGCCCGUUCCCUGUCCUGCCUAGAAGUGAGUGGCGUUUUACUCUGUAGUACCUGUGCCAGUGGUUUCAUCUAAGUGCCCCCGGGAAAAGGUGCUGCAGGGCCAUGGCCCUCAGGAGCACGAAAACUCAUGUGAAAUAAGAAAGAAGAGGCCUCAGGACUCGGGGUGCAUUCCCAGUCCACAGACCUUUGACCAGAGGCCUUUUUCCAGAGCAUCAGGACAGAGCAGAGCAGAUUUCCCAGGACCGGGGGAGAAUGGUCAAGUCACAGAUAUCAUUUGAGGAUGUGGCUGUGGACUUCACGUUGGAGGAGUGGCAGCUGCUUAAUCCUACUCAGAAGACCUUGUACAGGGAUGUGAUGUUGGAGAACUAUAGCAAUCUAGUUUUCUUGGGUUAUCAAAUGAUCAAACCUGAGGCGAUUUUCAAACUGGAGCAAGAAGAGCCGUGGAUAUUAGGUGAAGAAAUCCUAAGUCAGAACUUUCCAGAAGAAGUCUGGCUAGAUAAUAAUCUCAAAAUGUGGCACCAGGAUAAUCAAGACAAGCUUAAAAGUAUGGAGAGAGGCCAUGAAUAUGAAGUCUUUGGGAAAAUGUUUCAUUCAGGCAUUAACUUUGAUCAUUUAGGAAUGAGAUCCCAUAAAUGUGGCACAGGUGAAAAAAGUUUGAAACAUCCUUUUGAUUUUCUUAUUCCAAAAAGUAACUGUGAAAGAAAAAAACUUGAUGAGCUUAAUAAGAAAUUACUAUUCUGUAUCAAGCCUGACAAAACCUGUGGUGGAAUAAAAUACUCUGAUUGCAGUAAAUGUAGAAAAGUCAGCAGUAAAGAGCCAGGGCUCAUUACAAACCAAAUAGCACAUACAGGAGUCUGUUUAUGCAUGGAAUGUGGUAAGGUUUUUAACAAAAAGUCACAGCUCAUUAUACAUCAGAGAACUCAUACAGGAGAGAAGCCCUAUGGAUGCCAUGACUGUGGGAAAGCCUUCUCCCAGAAGUCAUUACUCACUAUUCAUCAAAGGACUCAUUCAGGAGAAAAGCCAUAUGGGUGUGGUGAAUGUCAAAAAGCUUUCAGCAGGAAGUCACUGCUUGUUUUACAUCAGAGAACUCAUACGGGAGAGAAGCCCUAUGGCUGCAGGGACUGUGGGAAGUCCUUUAGUAGGAAGUCACAGCUUCAAAGGCAUCAGAGAACCCACACAGUAGAGAAGCCCUAUGGCUGCAAUGACUGUGGGAAGGCCUUCUCCCAGAAAAUAAGGCUUAUUACACAUCAGAGGACACACACAGGGGAGAAGCCCUACAAAUGUAGUGAUUGCGGAAAAGCCUUCUUUUGGAAGUCACAGCUUAUUACUCAUCAGAGGGUUCAUACAGGGAAGAAACCGUAUGCAUGUAGUGAGUGUAAAAAAGCCUUCAGCAGGAACUCACUCCUCAUUAGGCAUCAGAGGAUCCACACAGGAGAGAAGCCCUAUGAAUGCAGUGAAUGUGGUGAAGCCUUCAUCAGAAAACCGCAACUUGUCAAACAUCAAAUGACUCACACAGGAGAGAAGAACUAUCAGUGCAGGAACUGUGAAGAAGCCUUCUUUAAGAAGUCAGAACUAAUUAGACAUCAGAAAGCUCAUUUAGGAGAAAAACCCUAUGGAUGUGUUGAAUGUGGAAAAACCUUCUUUGGGAAGUCACAGCUCCUGACACAUCAGAGAACUCACACCGGAGAGAAACCUUAUGAAUGUGGUGCCUGUGGGAAAGCCUUCACCCAAAAGUCCAGCCUGGUAUCUCAUCAGAGGACACACACAGGGGAGAAACCCUAUGAGUGCAGCGAGUGUGGGAAAGCCUUCAGUGAGAAGUCAAGCCUCAUUCACCAUCAGAGAACCCACACUGGAGAGAAACCCUUCGAAUGCAGUGAGUGUAGGAAAGCUUUUGCCUGGAAGCCACAGCUUCUUAGGCAUCAGAGAAUUCAUACAGGGGAGAAACCCUAUGAAUGCAGUGAGUGUGGGAAGGCAUUUGUUCAGAAAGUACAGCUCAUUAAGCAUCAGAGAAAUCAUACAGGAGAGAAGACCUAUGGAUGCAGUGAUUGUACAAAAGCUUUCUUUGAGAAGGCGCAGCUCAUUAUACAUCAGAGGAUUCAUACAGGAGAGAGACCCUAUAAAUGUGGGGAAUGUGGGAAAUCUUUCACUAGAAAGUCGCACCUUAUGAGGCAUCAGAGGAUCCAUACAGGAGAUAAAUGCUAUAGAUGCAGUGAAUGUGGGACAGCCUUCCACAGGAAGGCACAGCUCCUGAUACAUCAGAGAAGUCAUAUGCUGUAGACACGGGGCGGGUGCGGUGAGUAUGGGGAGUCUGCCAUCAGGUGUCAGGCCCCUCACACUCCAAGGACACGUACAGGAGAGAAACCCUGUCACUGCAGUGACUGUCUCACCAUACAGAAUUCAGAAAGAGAACUUUUUUUAAGUAGGCAAUAUAGGAAAGCCUUCUCCCAGAAAACAAAACUUAUUACAUAUUGAUGGCUCCUCAGUGUGGAAAUCUUAUCAGUAUUGUGAUAAGUACAGACCUUUCAGUCAAAAGUGACAGCCUGUUAAAUACUUAGAAGACCUAAACAGGAGAAAAACUCAAUUGUUAUAACAAGUAAGUGAAAGAUUUCACCGGGAAAGGGUAACUCAGAGUACACUAGAGAAUACAUACACAAAGGAAAUACUGAGUAUUAUAUAUUAGAGAUCUCAUGCAGAGGAGUAGUUCUAAUAAUUUGAAGAAUUUGAUAAGCAUGAUCCUAUUAAAAUAAUUCUAAAAGGAAGAUGUGUGCAUUGUAUAUAAAUUAUUUUAAGAAAAUAGGCAUUUUAAAGUGGUAGCUGUGUUUUACGUGUGAAAACUUCUGCUUUCUGCUAUGGUGCUAUAGGAAGAACCAGAUAAACUCUACUGCCUUAAGCAGCUAGAAACCGUACCAUUUAUGAAAUAGUGGUUUUUUAGACAUAUGUCAAACACAGGUUUGUGAUCCCUGGCAGGAGGUGGACAAGGUGAGGAGAGCCCCACGACUGCCCAGCCUAGACCCUGGGGGCAGCAUCCAGGCUGCAGGUCAGGGAGGGGAAUGAACGUGGUCCUGCUGGACUGAAGAGAGUUGCCGAGUUGGCGUCUGGGGAGCCCUGGUGGCUAGAAUUUGCAGGGAAAAGUGCUGGAUAGGAAGGAGCUUCCCAGAGAGGGCCUGCAGAAAUCCUCAAUGAGUCCCCCCUUGAGUCUGUGGGCUUUAGUGCUGAUUCACACGUGUGUGGAAGGAAGCUGAGACCAUGAGAGUGGCACUGGGGAGCAGUGAGCUGGGCGAGCCCUGGAGCUCAGCGCAGGCGGGGACAGUUCACGUUCCCACCAGCCAUACAAAAGCACGUGGGCAUCAAGAGAGUUCCCAGAACAAUAUUGUCUUGGUGGGGAGGGUAACUAACCCUAGAUUAAAAGCUACUCUACCCACAGUGACUGACGUCCAAACACUUACCUGGCAUGCCAAGGGGCAGGAACAUAUGACUUGUAACCAGGAGGAAAAUCAGGCAGUAGAAAGAGAAAAGACUGAAGUGAUUGGAAUUAGUAGACAAGGAUGUUCAAAUAGCUAUUGUAAGUAUAAAGUAGAGGAAAACAUGAAUUUGAUGACACAUGAGUGGAAGAUAUAUUUUUAAAAGCUCAAAUGGAACUUCUCAGGAUGAAAACAACAUCUGUAAAUUAAAAAAAAAAACUGGAUGGAAUUAAGAACAUAUUAGACAUAGAAGAAGGAAAACAAUGAAUUUGAACAGUAAGUAUAAAAAUUAUCCAGGUGAAUGAUACACACAGAGAGAAAAUGACUGGGGGGAAAGGAGAACAGGGAAUUAGUUACUGUGGUGUAACACACAUGGAAUGGGAGGUCCAGAAAGAGAGGAGGGAGAAAAAGGAUUUGGAUAAACGAUGGCUGAAAAAUAUCCACAUAUGAUGAAAAGUAUAACUCGACAUAUUCAAUAAGCUCAAAGGACCCAACACCUAAGAAACAUAAAGAUGCCAAUGGACAUCAUCGUCAAAUUGAUGAAAACCGGUGUUAAAGAGAACGAUUGUAAAAUGUCUGGAGAAAAAGACACAACGCGUUCACAGAACAAAGAAUAACAACAUACUUCUGGUCAGAAACUAUGCAAACUAAAAGACAGCAGAGUGACAUCAUUAAAUUAUGAAAGAUAUAAAAGAAACCCCUGCAACCUGGAGUUCAGUUGCCUGUCGAAAACAUCUUCCAAAAGUGAAAGCAAAAAAGACU